AUGUCAGAGGAAGAUUGUGGAGGAAGGCAAUGGCGGGCGGGAGGGGAGGCAGGAAGGAGCGGCGUCCAGCGGGAGAGGCAGGAGGAGGAGGAAGGGGCCGGCGGGCAGGCAGGCGUGUCCCAGCGGCCGCUCCGGCUCCAUCGCCGCCAGCCAGCCCGUGAGUAUCCCCGGGGGGGCCGGCGCCGCACUGGGAAGGCCGCAGGCGGGCGGAGCGGGCGGGCGGGCCCCCCUUCCUCCAGCCCCCUUUUGUCUGCGGGCUCGGCUGCGCGCCGAGGGAGGGGAGAGGGAGGGGAGGAGGAGGAGGAGGAGGGAGGGGGCCAUGUUGUGGCAGGUCACCGGGCGGCGCGGGGCCUGCGCGGCGGCCUCGCCGCCUUUGUGUCCGCCCGGGAGCGGCGCCGAGGUGGGGACAGAGCGAGCGCCGUGAGGGGCGGUGGCGCCGGGGGAGCGAGGGAGGGAGGGGCGGCAUUGUGCACUCCGGGGGGCUCGGGGGGAGCCGACCCCGGCCCGGCGGGGUGUGCGGGGCCGGGUUGGUGCCCGGGGGAGCGUCGGGGGCCCGGGGCGGACGGGGGCGGACGCAGCACCGGGGCUACAAUGGGCUCCGGCUCGGGGGGAGCGGAGACGGGGACGGCGCUCGGACCCCACGGGCCAUUGCGUGGCUGGGAUCACACGGGCUUUGUUCGAACGUACGAAAAAUUUGUGUUAUUUUUUUAUUGCUCUUAA